CGUUACCGAGCUGCGAUAAGACGUACGAGAUGUUUGAUAAGAAGAGUGUUAAAAACACAGAUACGGACACUGAGAGGAUGACUGGAAACAACUUGUCCGGAGGAAAGGGUUCGCCAAAAACAUCUGUUCUUCUCUAGUUGUGACCCUGCCUGUGUCCAGUACCAAUGGGUCUCUCACUGUCAUCUUGGUUGUACAGCAGGGCAGCCGACAGCCCUCCCUCCUCUCCGUCAGCUUUCCCUCCGCUGGCUGUCCCGACUUCCUCUCGCCUUGCGGUCAUUCUGAACUCCUCUCCAGUCUCUCCAGCGGACAGUCGCUCACACUGGAGCUCAGUCCACCGCUCUCCUCACUUUCUGCUCUCUGCCCGCAAGCAGGAAGUGACGCGUUCACCUGUCGAGCUCAGCAGCGACGGGGUGAGAGCCGAGGUGGGGGUGAAAGGUGGGCUUCACGUAUGGGAGGUGCUGUGGAACCCCGACCACAGAGGGAGUCACGCCGUCAUGGGCAUUUCCAGGAGGGACUGUCCUCUGCAGGCGUCAGGGUACAACGUGCUGGUGGGGGGAGACGCACAGUCCUGGGGCUGGGAGCUCAAAACCAAUCAGCUCUGGCACGGUGGGCAGAGUCUGGGACUUUACCCUGGUAAAAGGAGGGGGUUUCACUCUGGAGCUGCUGAGGACUUGAGGCCAAAGUCCUCCACAAAAGCGGCAGAGACUUCUCUCCCCAUCCCUGAACGUGUCCUGCUGGUCCUGGAUGCUGACGCAGGGACUCUGGGAUUCGUUGUUGAUGGCAGCUUUCUUGGCGUAGCUUUUAAAGACCUUCCUCAUGGAGUGGAGCUGUUCCCGGCAGUAAGCAGUGUCAGAGGUGGAGCCAGCAUUCAACUACGCUACCUCAACGGUGCCACACGUGAUCCCCCAGACCUGAUGGCUUUAUGUGGACUGUCAAUCCGUCAGUUUUUGGGGCAGCAAAGGCAGAAUCAAACUGACAGACUGCCUCUGCCCCCUCUCCUCCAGCACUACCUGUUCUCCAGUAAUUAAUUUGCAUACACACAUGCACACAAUAGGAAUGCUUUUGUCAAUUAUUGCACAUUUUACCAAGCACUUAUAAUGCAUGUCGUUUUAUAUGAGAAAUUAUGUAAGUAUGUGUGAUACUAUGGCCAGAAAAGCGUAUUUAUUAUUCAUCUUAUUUAUUACAAUGUGAUCUUUACAUAAUCCAUUGAUAAUAUUUAACACACAUCUGUGUAUGGGUGUGUAUCUUUAAUUCUGAAUGUUUCUUUCUUUGUGUAUAAAAUAAAUGACUCCUAUUUUAA